UUUCUUGUGUGUUUUGUUUCAUGGCUGGCGUGAUUGCGUCUCCUCCUGAAAAAAAGUGAAUUUUCAAAGUGAUUUUGUUGCACGAAAAAGGGAUUUCGUCGGGAUAUUCAGCCUUGUAAUUUGCAUCCAACACCUCAGCCAACAACAUGGGAACUCGCGAUGACGAGUACGACUACCUGUUCAAAGUUGUCCUCAUUGGAGACUCCGGAGUGGGGAAGAGCAACCUGUUAUCGCGAUUCACUAGAAAUGAAUUCAAUUUGGAAUCGAAAUCAACAAUAGGUGUAGAGUUUGCUACAAGAAGUAUAGAGGUUGAUGGGAAAACAAUAAAAGCUCAAAUUUGGGAUACGGCUGGUCAGGAGAGAUACAGAGCUAUAACGUCGGCUUACUAUCGUGGUGCUGUUGGGGCUCUUCUGGUUUACGACAUUGCCAAGCAUUUGACGUAUGAGAAUGUUGAGAGAUGGCUCCGGGAAUUGCGUGAUCAUGCUGAUCAAAAUAUAGUUAUAAUGCUGGUGGGAAAUAAGAGUGACUUGAGACAUUUGCGGGCUGUUCCAACAGACGAGGCGAAGACCUUUGCUGAACGUAAUGGAUUGAGUUUCAUCGAGACGUCUGCAUUGGACUCGACAAAUGUAGAAACUGCAUUCCAGAAUAUACUCACAGAGAUCUAUCGGAUUGUGUCUCAAAAGCAAAUAAGAGAUCCACCCGAAGGGGAUGUUAUUCGACCAACAAAUGUGGAGUCUAUAGAUGUGAAACCCACUGUCUCUGCUGAUUCUGUGCGCAAGCAAUGCUGCCAGUGACCGCCUAAUAGUAGUGAUGGAAAGAGCGCUUCAAUCAUUUUUCUUAGUUCAGGUACUUCCCAUGCGUAGCUUUUUUUCCCAUGUUUGUCACAUUUUAUUUUUACCCAAAAACCUACUAAAUAAAAUUAAACAAAAAAAUAUUGUAGAAGAUAAUAAUUUUAAAAUGAAAAAUCACAAAAAUAAUAUUAAUUUCCCUUCUUUCCUUUCCAGAAUUAUUUGCAUAAGUUUAAUGAUGAUGAAAAAAUCAAGAUACAGAGGAUGAGAAAAAAAAUAUUGUCUAAUUAAUGAAUUAAUUAUGAGAAAAAGGACCCAUAUUUAAUUUUUUUUUUGUUUAAAAAUGAAUCAUACCAAUUCAUUAUAAAAUCAUUUUGCGUAGAAUGAUUGCGAAAUAUGUCCAUGUAAAAAAAAUGUCUUUAAAAUUUGCAUUAAAGUAAUAUAUAUUGAAUAAUCACUAAAAUAUAUUGACUAAUAAAUAAGAGACAUUUAUCUGAUAAUUUACAAGCACGCUGCAAAAUUCCUUCUUUUGAUAAAAAAUAAAAUCAACACAAAAAAAAUCCUGCUUUCAUUAUAGGAAUAAAAUCGGUAGAUAUUUUAAUUAUUUCGUUUUCUUUUUUCAUUUAAUUUGAUGUUCAAUGCACACAGGGAUGUUUUCUCUAUAUAAUAUAAAAUGAGUACUAUUUCGAAAAUAUAUGGGUUCAAUGUCGGAAAAAAAUCAAUUUCGAAAGUUCUAAAAGAAAGUUUUUGGCUAUUUAGGAUCAUGUUGUGUAUUUUCGAAAUAUAUAAAAAUAGAAAAAAUCACUAAAUCUGGUUAUUCUUCAUACAAUAUAAAAUUAUUUUAAUGCACGAUCUCUUAUAAUUUUUUUUCGAGUUUCUCUUUUGGGUUUCAGUGGAAGAGUUAGUCAUAGAGGAUUUGCGCGGCAUUUUUCCAAAAAACACUUGAAAUUCAUCAAUAUCGAAGCAAUUUUCAAUGAUUCUCGUGAUUUGAUGUGAAAGCAAUUUAUUGAAGAGAAAAAAUACAUAAAAAAAACAAAUAAAGCCCAAUAGAUGAUCCACAACGAAAAGGUUUAUGUUGAAUUAAAAUUUAAAAAAACAGUGAAGGAUUUUCAUUUAAUAAAUAAAACAUUAAAUUGUGGAAAAAAAAGGAUGGGGGAUUUAUGGAAGAUUUCGAACGUAAUGUAGGUAGAAAAAUUAAAAUUUUUCGAUAAUGGUUAUUUUAUUGCCUUUGAUUGCAAAGAAUUCAUAAACAAAAUUUUUCGGUAAUUUUGGUAAAAUAAUUUUCUUUUUUCAACUUUGAUAUGCCUUUUUUUUAAUAAAACAAAAUAGCAAACGGAAAUAGUGUUUACAAGAGAAAAGGAAAAAAAACUUUCUCUCCAAUUAAAUAUUGCAAAAAGUAAAAAAAAAAAAAGAAGAAAAAAUAGAUAAAUUUGAUGAAAAAUGUGUAAUUGCUGACUGUAAAUUUGCUUUAGAGGGAAAAAAAAUAUAAAAAUGAAUUUAAUAUCUAAUCAGUUUCUUAUGUAAUUAAAAGAAUAAAUUCAAUAAUAAUGAAGAAAAACUA